UUUGAUGUUUUAGAUGGAAGUUUGGGUUCUUUUUUCUAUUAAUUGUUUGUAGAUCUGAGAUUUGAGCUGUUAUUGUUGUUAAAAUCUAUGGGUUUGUUGAUUGGUUGUGGGGAAAAACUUGCAUUUAAUUCGUUAGGAGGUUGAAAUCGUGGAAAUUUAUCAUUUUGGAUCUUUUCUAGUAGAAAAUAGUGGGAAAUUCCUCUUUUUUUCUCUUGUAUCUAAACUUAGUUCUUGAAGAUCCUUCCACUUGAAGCUUUUCCCCUUUGAUCAUUCCCUUCCUAUUUAUUGAAUUUUUGUGGACAAUACUUGCAUUUGUUAUGUGGGUAGUUCUAAAGUUGUGGAUUUUUUUUGUCUCUUUUGGGGCCUUUUUUGGUAAUAAUUAGUGGAAAUUUCCUCUUUUGUCUCUAGUAGACAGAAUUAUGUUCUUGGGACCUUUUGCCCUUUGAUUCUCACUUCAAUCUCUGUCAUUAUCUUAAAGCAAAAAAGAACCUUUCAUUUUUAUUCAGCUCCCAGUUCCUUAACCUUCACUUUUUUCAGAACGUUUCAUGUAAAAACCUUAUCCUUUUGCUCAACCCAUGGCUCAAAUUAGAAAUUUACGGCAUUUUCUUGCCAAUCUCAAUUAAAAAGUAUGAGCUUUGUUUUGACUAAGAGUUAUAUUAAUUAGGUGAUAAAGCUUUGUUACUGUUUCUGUUCUUAAAGAGAAUGCUGUGAUGUGAAUGGUACACGAGAAUGAAAAGUUUCUUAUGCCAUUUGUUCUGCUAUGGUGUAAUUUUGAUCCAGUGAAGGCUUGAAGCUCUUAUAGAACAGUAAUUUUUUGACUUCUGCACAUAAGUAACAGUUGUUUGAUCGUCUCAUUUGGUGUCACGGAAAGCUUUUGAGCUUCAAAAUAUUGAAUAUUUUCACCUGGAGUACCUUUUGAGUUUCUAUGGUGCAUAUUCUUUUGCCUUUCAAAAGAUGAUCUGAGUAGUGUGAAGGCUUAUAAGUCGGUCAAUCUUGAGAUACAGAAAAUAUAAGCAUAGCCUGUCAUUUGUUGUUCAUAAUUCUACACUAGUGGGUCACAAUAUAUAUGCCGUUUUGCCUGUUUAAGCUGCCUCUGCUUGUUCUCUUUGCUCGGCUCAAAUUCUCUUAGAUGUCUUUCCGGAGCAUCGUCCGUGAUGUGAGAGAUGGGUUUGGGAGCUUAUCAAGAAGAAGCUUUGAGGUGAGGCUCACUGGCCACUGCAGGGGAAAAUCACAGGGCGCCGUGCAUGAGCUGCAUGACCAAGGUCCGGUUGUGCAGCACAGUUGUUGGGCUAGUCUUCCUCCUGAGCUACUCCGGGAUGUGAUUAAAAGGCUAGAGGCUAGUGAGAGUACUUGGCCUGCUCGUAAACAUGUUGUUGCAUGUGCUGGUGUCUGCAAGGCAUGGAGGGAAAUGUGUAAAGAAAUUGUGAGAAAUCCAGAAUUUUGUGGGAAGCUGACCUUCCCUGUGUCACUGAAGCAGCCAGGGCCUCGAGAUGGUACUGUUCAAUGCUUCAUUAAGAGGGAUAAGUCGAAGUUAACUUAUCAUCUAUACUUAUGUCUUAGUCCUGCCGUGCUUGUUGAGAAUGGGAAGUUUCUCUUGACAGCUAAAAGGACUCGCCGUACAACUUCCACAGAGUACAUAAUAUCCAUGGAUGCUGAUAAUAUAUCACGAUCCAGCAACAUGUACAUUGGAAAAUUGAGGUCAAAUUUCCUCGGCACAAAGUUCAUAAUGUAUGAUACACAGCCUCCAUACAAUGCUGGAACCCCUUCUCAACCCGGUAAAACUAGCCGUAGGUUCUAUUCCAAGAAAGUCUCGCCUAAACCCGCUUCGGGCAGCUACAACAUAGCCCAGAUUACGUACGAGCUCAACGUCCUCGGCACUCGGGGUCCACGUCGAAUGAACUGCACGAUGUAUUCCAUCCCAGCCUCCUCCCUUGACGCCGGAGGCGUCGUCCCUGGCCAGCCUGACCAACUCUUCCCUCGCUCUCUUGACGAUUCCUUUCGCAGUAUCGCCUUUUCAAAGUCUGCCGCCGACAGCAGUUCCAGAGAUUUCAGCAGUUCCCGGUUCUCCGAGAUAUCCGGAGCUUCUAGAAGGGUAGAAAGUUCUAGAUUCGCCGACAUUGCAGGAUCAUCAAGGAGGAUCGAGAGUUCUCGGUUUUCUGACAUAUCUGAAGGUGCUAGGGUUUUGGCUGACAUCUCGGGUGGGACUAGGGUUUUGGCCGAUGAUGAGGAUGAGGGCAAAGAAAGGCCUCUUGUGCUCAAGAACAAGGCGCCGAGGUGGCACGAGCAGCUGCAGUGCUGGUGCCUUAACUUCCGUGGGCGUGUGACGGUUGCGUCCGUUAAGAACUUCCAGCUCAUCGCUGCGACACAGCCGGCUGCCGGAGCUCCGACGCCGUCACAGCCGGCACCACCGCCGGAGCACGAUAAGAUCAUCCUGCAGUUUGGGAAGGUGGCAAAGGAUAUGUUCACUAUGGAU